AUAGUGAAGCAAGCAUGUAACGUUGGAACCGAGCGGUUGUUGCUGGCCUGGCGCACUCGCAUGCAUCCCGGCAUACUGCGCUUCUGCGUACGCGCGCCUGCAGCAUUCAAUAUCCUGCGCUAAAGCGCUUAUCGCGCUGCAUUAUGAAUCAACAAUCAAAAUUGUGAAAGUCAACGACCGCAGCUGUCACGUUGCGGCGUGGCCCACCCUGCGGUGUGCUGCGUGUUCUGGCUUGCUGGCCUGGCGGAGACCCUGCAGAGACCCGGCAUCUUUUGUAUGCCGUGGCCCUCCGAGAUGGCGACCAGGCGGAUCUCCCUGUCACCUGGUUAGCACUAUAUGCCGCUGCAGCUCGAGCACGGCCGCCCGCACGACGUCUGGCUCGCUCUGCUCCCUCUGCGCCGGGAGCUGUUGUCUGGCGUGACGCCUGGCCCGCGUCUGGCCCUCAGCGGGCUGCCGGGUAAAGCGCCCCAUCCCACAUGCGGCGGCAAGGGCACUGAGGCGUUUGCGCUACUGACUCCCGGGAGACUGAGUUAUCGGUGUGGGGAGUGGGGAAUGCCCUGACGUCGGGUGCCUCGCGGCCCGGCCUGCGCCCCGCUUGGGCAGCAACACGGCAUGUGGGUGGUAGUAGGCGGCGGCAGGGGCGGCACGCGAUGCAGGGCGGGCCGUUGCAAGGGAAAGGUGUUCAGCGUUUGCGCCUUGGUGGUCUGAUUGCGGUGGACGGCCGUGCGUCUUCUAUCUGAUGUUGGGUUGAGGCGCCUGCCUGCCGGAGUGCCGCUGUGCCGGUCAGGCGGGCACCGGGCACGUGCUGCUCGCGCACCGCGGCUGUGGCCGAUGUGCCCAUGCAGUGCUGGAUUGCUGGCCCCAUCCGAGUGCCCAGUCGAGGGGUCGGGCCUUCGCCCUCGUUUCUUUGAUGCGUAUUGCGGCGGCCUGUGCCGGCGCUUCUCCAUACGGCGUCUAUACCUUGGUCUUUAUCGUGCUUGGCCCCGCUGUAACUGCUGCCUCCUGCACUAAUCUGCAAUCCUGUUGCCUCCCGCAGUCCCGCUACGCCGACCGUGCCGGUGCCCUUGCCACUGCCGCGCGGUGGGGCUUUGGCCCCGGGCGGUAUGACCGGACAGUGCAUGGCAGCCAGUCGCUGGCCGGCCGCAAUCGGCGGCCUCAGCUGCGGCUGUGGCGGCGGGAGCAGAGGCAGGUUGCAGGCGUAUGCUGCCGCAUGACUCGGCGGGUCGGGGCGCUGAUGCAAUGCGAGAGUGGCUUCGCUCGUGCAGCUCUAUGGGGCCCAGGGCUCAGACGGGUUCUAUGCACACGCAGUGGGAGCGCAGGGCGCACUUUGGGGCCGUGGUCCGCGGAAUGUCGGCGUCUUUUGGGUUGAUGUUAGUUAACACUUGCUCCACAAUGGCUAGGGAGGGUGGUAGACUAAGACCCAGCGGCGCCCAAUUGCCCCGUACGCGGCAGGGCCACUCGAGCCACUCAGCGGGAGCGGACGUGGCGUGAGUUCAGUAUAGCUUGCGCGCUGCCGUGUUUCAUGUACCAGUGGCAGAAGUGAUAGUGCAGCUAUCAUUUAACGUUGGAACUGAGUGGUUGUUGCUGGCCUGGCGCAUGCAUGGAGGCAUGCUGCGCUUGUGCGGAUCUGAUGUACAUCCUGCGCACUCGCGCUGCAUGCAUCAUAUCGCCGUGCCACUUCCCAUCCCUGGGCAUUGUAACUCCCUCUCACA